ACUUAAUGUUUUGCACAUUUUAAUGGCAAAUUUACUAUGGUGCACAUAGUUCAGCCUACCUGCCAGAAUUCAUUGUGAGUUAACAGCAAUCAAGCAAGCCUACGGUUUUCUGAACAUUGAGCAAAGAAGUUGCUGGCUACAGCAAGUUUGAAAGGAAUAGCCUGCUGUUGCACAUACUGUCUGCAUUUAUUUCCCCUUUUUAAAGACAUGAAGAGAAGACUACUGCUGGUGUCAAAUUCAACCCUCUAUGGGGGUGGAUAUCUUGACCACUGCCAGACACAGAUUCAAGACUUUUUUGGAAAGGGAGUGAAGAGGGUUCUAUUUGUUCCUUACGCCCUACAUGACCGAGAUGCUUACACCAAAACAGCAAGAAGCAAGUUCAAGACCCUAGGUUAUGAGGUGGACGGUGUGCAUGAGGCAGCUGAUCCAGUGGAGGCUGUGAGGAAAGCUGAGGCCAUUUUCAUCGGUAGGGGCAACACAUUCCGUCUGCUCAAGAACCUCUAUGACAACAAGCUGGUGACUGAGAUCAGGAAGCGUGUAUUUGAUGACGGCGUUCCCUACAUGGGCUCCAGCGCGGGCACCAACGUCUCUACGGUCAGCAUCAACACCACCAACGACAUGCCCAUCGUGUACCCACCCACCUUCGCUGCCAUCGGCCUGGUGCCCUUCAACAUCAACCCCCAUUACCUGGACACAGACCCCAACAGCCGACACAUGGGUGAGACCCGAGAACAGCGCAUCACUCAGUACCAUGAGGAGCCCAACACUCCCAUUGUCCUGGGCCUAAGAGAGGGCUCCAUGCUGCUGGUGGAGGGCAAAAAGGUCACGCUGCUGGGGACUACAAAAGCACGACUCUUUACUCCGGGGAAACCAGCUGUCGAGUACGACCCAGGAAAUGACCUCAGCUUCCUGUUGGACACAGAGAGGGCAUCAGUACUGUGAGGACUGAAGCUGACCUGCCACCAGUGCCAGUCCCAGUGGUUACUGUGGUUACGGUGCACAGGGUUCAUGAGAGAGCAUGUGAUUUUUACUAAAUAAACAGUUCUAAAGCA